AUGGAAAUGUCGGGCAUCAAAAGCGGCGCGUCGUUCUCGUACCGCUACUACUACGCUGAGCUUAAGCGACAUCAAGAGAAAGAUGCGGAGAUCCAUCGCUUAAGACAAGAAAAGGACAAACUGAAGCGCCGCAAUGACGAGCUCAUGGAGCAGACGCAGCGUUCGAAUGAGGUAAAAUACAAGGAGCUAGAGAGUAAAGUGAAUCAACUGCAAACAGAGCUUCAAGACCAAGAUGUUGACAUGAUUGAAGCAGAAAAGAUUAUUGAGGUGCUGAUGAGGGACGUUCAGGUGGCGCGGGAGGUGGCGGCGCGAGCGGAAAAGGCGCAACGGGAAGCAGAAGCUGACCAAAUGCUUCGUCAUGUGCUACGAGACAGUGAUGAUGAAGGCACUCAUUCUAUCACACUAGCACAGCUACGGUCUGAACUAAAGCGCGUGACUGAAGCAGAACAGCAAAGUCUACGUCGGGUGAGCGAGCUGGAAGAAGAGCUGACGAUAUUGAGAGGCACUGCAGAGAUGCUGAGUGUAGAGUUGCAAGAGUUAAAGAAUGCAAGAUACGAGAUGGAACGUAAUGAGCAAGAAGACGAUCAGGAGCUGGAGACGACGAAGAUCAAAGUUGAUGAAUCGAUUGAACAUUGGAAGGAGGUGGCAAACUUGCGUCAGGAACUUGUUGCGGCGUUGCAGACCCAAGUGAAGGCUUUACGUACAGAUAAGGGCAAGCUGGAGAACGCUAUUGCCUUGUGUCAGCAAUCAGCGGACAAACGACUACAGAUCCUCGAGCACGACCGACAAAACAUUGAGGUGGAGAAUGUUCAGCUUCUUACCGAGUUAAGUAGCAUCAGAAAGGAACUUGAAAUCAUGAACCUAAAAGUUUGUGAGUUUGAAGAAGAGGGUGUUAGUGAGACAGCAGAGUUGAAGGUAGAGCUGGAGAGACGACUUGCAUAUACUCAAACGCACCAAGAACAGCUUACCAGUCGGAUUGUAAAAGUUGAGCAAAAGUUAGUAAUGACAACAUCGACUACCGAGAUUGAAGACGGAAAUCAACCGAAAGAAUCAGAGAAACAACUCAUGAAUGAGAAACAAGAGCUUUUGCAGCAAUUAGAAGAAGAGCGUCGCCAAUCCAAGGAGCUGAAGUGUUCGGCUGCGAUGCUUAAACAAGCUACGGAGUCGGCAUUGAAGGAACUAAAGGACGUGGAAAUUGAGCUUCGCGCAAUUAGUAGCGAUUUUUCGAUUUGUGGCGGACAGCACGAGUCGUUGGUGGGUUUGGCAAAACAGGUUGUUGCGGAAUUCAAAAGACAGGAUGGUGCGUCUAUGGAGGCGGUGGUGGCAUCCAUGCAGGUUCAAUACCUGACAUCUUUGAUGCAUGCACAUCUGGAUCGAUUGUGUGCACUUCGUGAACAUCGAAAAGUACGCUGUACAUCGCUGAGUAGCAGUGGCAGUGACAGCGCUACUGAGUCUGCUACUGCAAACUUUGACAUCGUCAAUAGCCAAGACUGUUAUGUUCGCAAAGCGCUUAACGGCGGAUGA